UAAUUUAGUUUUGCGUGAUAGUUCGAGCGAUGGACAGAGAAAUAAUAUUAAUAAUUUAAUUCUUCAAUUAAAUAUAUGUGUUGUUCAAUUUAUAUUAGUAGAGAAGAAAUUUAUCAUAUAUCACAUAACAGGUGUUUAUUAAGAUGUCAACGACAUGGGACAGUUUACCACUUCUUCCUUUGAGAUGUGUGCUGCAACAUCUCAGUACGGAAGAUGCUCUGGCCGCUCUCUCAACUUGCCGACAUUGGAGGAGUGCCAUACUGUUAUUUGAGGGACACAAAGAAAAACUAACACUGCGUAUUAGACAAUUCGAAAAGACACUGUUCCUAACGCGUCUGUUCAGAAAACACGUGAGGGUUAUACAUGUGUACAUCGACAACUAUGGAGAAGAUUUGGACAAUUUUAUGAAUUACGUCCUGCCACAAUUCUUCGAGGCUCAGAAUCUCCGUGAGUUGAUUUUCAUCGGUCCCAGCUACAUACAACAGAAUCCCAACGAGUCUAUCGCGCAAAUAAAUCGAAUAACAGCGGAGAGUUUGGUGUUUAAGAAUCUUCAUAGCUUACAGAAGCUAGCUUUAAUGGGAUGCGAAAUGACGAACGUUAAGUCGGACAACGGGCGGUAUACGAACAAACACGUGGAAUACUACUCCCGGCACCUGUCCUUCAAUACGAUCAGUUCAGCCGCGGACGCUAUCCUCUCAAGGAGUAACAUUGAUCUCAUGACGUGUUCCAAUUUACAGCAUUUGAUAGUUGAUUACGAACAGCUGAGCACGUCAGCGUUGCAGACCGUGUGCGUGUUACGUGUGACCUUGAGCGUCACUAUGGGUCUUCGGGCUGGAGUACUUCCUGUGGUCGAUUGGACCGUGGCCGCUAGAGCGAGGAUCAGGAUCGCACUUAAUGUUGUGUCAGUGAACCCUGAAGUGUUUGAUGUGAUCCUUCAUAGUGUUUUCGUGGAAGGCUUGCACUUGGUCUCCUUGAAGGCUAUGUUUUGUAAAACUUUACACACAGGCGUUCUUCAGCGAGCCGUUCGUCUCUACAAGUCGACUCUGACAGAGUUGGUGUGGGCGGACGCUCCUUACGACUCUACAGAGUUCUUCCAACGCAUCAUCAAACAACACGCUGAUCCAGAAGAGAUGACAAUGUGCAAUGUGAAUCCCCUUAUAUUGCUCUGCUGGCAAUGCACACAUCUGAAGAGACUGGUUGUACACGGUUAUUGGGUGUGGCAGUACGACCUGCUAGGUUUCGUUCGUCUCCGUAACUCUUCGUUGGAGGAGCUGGAUAUCUCAGCGAUAUACAACCGCCAGAGUCGGUUCAGUACCGCCAUCUGCAGUGAGAACGUUGUUCGAGUUUUGACGAGAGACGUUCAGAAACCUUUGGAGUCGGAAUUCAUUGAUCUGGUGAACUCCGACACGCGAUUUCCGUGGCAGCCUGUGCCGUGGGAGAAGUUACAUCCGGCUCUGAGAGCGGCCGCCACUACCGAGGAAGUAGCGCACUACGUCACACAGGAGAUACUGAAGGGCCCAUAUUAACGAAACGAAAGGUCAAGUAAUAAGCCGAGCUAUCAGCUGCGUAAAUGUAAGGCUAUAGAAUACUACAUUGAAUUUCUCAUAUAUAUAUGAGUGUUACAUUAACAUGAAACACUACAGUGAACUAUUGUAUAAAACCUUUUUUAAUAUUGAUGACAACAGAGACAUUGAUCAAUUGAAAUUGUAUCGAUAAUAAUGAUUGACCGAUUGACAAUAAAAUACAGGUGAAUUGUAUGUGCCAUAGAUAAUAAAAGGCUUCGUAACUAGUUACCAGGAAUGACUUGUUGCAUCAAUAUUAGGAGGGCGUAAUGUAUUAGAAUAUAAUUAUGUUGGGAUGUGGUUUAAAUACUUUUUUUUUAUGUUAAAAAUUUGUUUUAGGCGUAUUUUUUUUUUAUUAGAAAAAAAACUUAGUAUCAAUUUGUAAAUCGAACGUUGGUUAUUUCAAGUAUAUAAAACAACCAACAUUAGGCCUAAAUGAUUGAUUCUCGAAUAAUAUAUAUCGUAAAGAAAUAUCCACGGUUAAAGAAAUAUAUGAAAAUAAUAAUUUAUUUCUCUAAAGUUCCUUUCAGUAGAAUAUAUUAUUAAAGUAAUCAAGUUAUCGUAUAAAAUAUUUUUUUUUAUUAUGAACAUAUACUUGAAAAUAUAUAUGCACUUAGAAAAUACGCAAAACGUUCUUCGUAGAUUAACAUCACGCCUGUAAAUAGCUUUAAAACAACGAGCGGUUACCGCUGUGUAUCAAAAAUCAAAUAAAAUGUACCUUAAAAAAAAUUAAUACAUUAUAGUUAAGACAGAAAAAGUCAAUUUUCACCAAAUUACUAACAAAGGUAUGAGUGUAAAAUGUUACUGUUACUCAGAAACUCGUUUCGACUUUUCGAACACCGAACACUGCUUUGAUGACGUCAUUCACAUUUGAAUAACCAUCGGAAGGAGUAUACAAUGUGCAGCAAGUUUCUGAGUAUAGAAAAAUAUGUAUAAAAAAAUAAAACAAUUGAGAUUUCCUAGUAACGUGUAAUAUGUAUAAUAAUUUGAGAAACGCCGAAUGAUAUGUUUACUGGCAACAUCUCACAAUACGAAUUUAUAUCGUAGUUGAAAAAUCGUGUUUAAAAAAAUAUAUAAAAUCGCGCGCCAAAACGGAAUCGCACAGAACAUUUAUUACAAACAUCUGCGGUUCAAUACUUACGGAGGCGAUAAUAUCAAUUGAGAUAUCAAUAAAUAAAAAUUAAUAAUAUAUUUUGAUUUUAGCGUUUUGUGAUAAUAUAAGCAAUACAAAAACAGAAAAAAUAUUUUAUGAAAAUAUUCCAUCUUAUCGUCUGCAUAAAAACCUAUUCGAAUAAAGAACAAGAUCAUUUAAAUUUUUGGCGCCAAAUUAACAUCUAGUCAGCCGCGAGUGAAUUGUACAUAACAAAUUUAAAAAACGAACACGCGGUGGAAGGAACUGCACAAACGAGUAUUACAACAAUUACAUAUUAUAAUUAAUAUCAACUGUAUAUAGCUUUAAGAGAAAAUCUCGUGAUUGUAUCAAAUACAGUCGACACGUGCCACUCUACUGUUGCGAAAUAGUGUUUUGUCCUUGACAUUUUACAUAGUUAUACGAGGGAUGUAGACAAAUUUUGUGAACAUAAUAAACGAAAUGUUUAAUUUUAUAUGUGUCGCGACAUGCACCUUACUGAUAUGGUCCAAUGUUAGACGAGUUUGUUUUUACUACAGUUAUAGUCCGUCCCCAAUAUAAAAUGGCUUAGAACAAAGCGAGGUGCAUACUAUAGUGUAUAUGUAGUGACGCACAAACAUUGUGAUCUUAAACCGAAUACUUAAUGCCUUUAACUAUAGUGUACAAACAUAUAUAUAUCAAAUAAAAUCUCCUGUAAUAACGAGUUGUGCUAAAUGUAAUCGAAUCACUAUUAGGCCAAUUUAAUAUUAAUAAUAAUAAUAAUAAUAAUAAUAUGCUUCAAAUGAUUUUUAUAGUACUAAGUACUCUAGAUAACUCACUGUAUUAUUUAAAUAUAAAAUGAUUUUUUUUCCUUCAAAUAUUUUUUAAGAUGUUUUUUAAAAGUUCGAAGCGUUGAACAUAUAUUGUAAGGCAACGAAGAGACUUACCAACAUACAUUCCCUGAGACUGAGAAAUAGAAGAGGCUUAGAACAAUUAAUAAGAUCAUUAAUAUAUAUUACAUAAUAAUUAUAAGAACAACGAACGUUGACAAGGCACAAGUCGUGAAAAUGAUGUAUUUAAUUUGUAAUUUAAUUUUAUAAUCAUCACUUUAUAUAAUAAUUUAUGUAAAAAAAAAAACAGAUGUCCCUUUAAAAACUUGUGCCCUGGCAACAUUAUAAAACAAAUGACAUAUUAAAAAAAAUGUGAUAUAAAUACAAAUGACAACCGUAUGAUAAGAUCAUUAACAAAGGAACAUCUUUCCCGCCUCUUAAUUUAAUGUCUCUGCCCUUAAAACAGCUUUAAACUUAGGAAUUAUUGUUAAUUUUUUGUUAUUCCAUAUUGUUGUUUGUACGCGUCACUGUUAAUAUGAAAUCACCAAAGAAAUAGUACUGCGUACAUGAUUACAUACGGGCAGAGAUUCUUUUAAACCACCAAGACUUCAAUAAGGCUGUGAAACAACUUGGUUCGAUUUAACUCGAGUGAAUGUUAUUUUUUUUCGUCGAGGACAACAGUUAACUUAUUAAUAACAGCGCCACCUAGUGUACCAACUUUUACGUAUAAGUCAUUAGAAGAUUCAUACUUUUUAUAAAUCCAAGAGUCCACUGUCAAUAAGUUAACUGGUUGUAUGCGUUCAUAUUAAAUGUAAGGGCAUGAACCCAUCCAAAACCCACCUGGUGAACCACAAGUUGAACAAAUCUAAAGCCUGAAAGGCGAAGUGUUAUAUUCAUGCCCUAUUAUUUAUUAGGUCUUGCUCAAAAUGGAGUAUUUGAAUAUAGAAUCAGUAUUUUGAACUAAAAUUUUGCCCUUCAUAAAGGAAUUCGCUAUCAUUAUGAACAGGAUCUAAUAAUGACGAACCAAAUUGCCUAGUUUUAGAUCAAGAAAUUAUAUUGUACUUAUUCAGAGUAGUGAUGAAGGGAAUGCGGAGGAAUACAACGGAGUGUUGAACAUCUGUUAGAGAGUGUAUGGACCACUGCGGCUAUUGUAGUAAUGUGGCCAUUUUGUGUAUUUUUUGAGAGUUUAUUUUGUGUUUUGAAUAUUAUAUUUGAGGUAUUGGUAUUAUAUUUGGACUGUUUAUUGCAUUUUAUGUCAAAAUUAUUUUUUCCAUCUAUUCCAUUGGUGUUUGUGUUGUGUUUUAUAUUUAUGAGAAUUUAUGUUUUAUGUAAGAUGACAUUGUAGUUUAUGGGGAUAUUUUCGGAGGCAUUCUUACGGUUUCAAAUGGUGUAUGUGAACAAAUGUAUUGAAUAUGGUAAUAAUUCUUUGUUCUAUUCAUAUCUAAUCGACCUCUAUGUUCUGAAACUGAUUUAUAUUUUUAAACGUAACUGUCAGGAAUAAUGGCAAUUCUUAAAUAUGGUUGCUCAUUGCUUAGAAUGCUUUUGAAAUAUUCUCAAUGGUAUAUAAUAAAAUGUACAACCCUUUGCCUUGUCCGCUUGUAUGUUAACAGUAGAUAUAAUUAAUAAUAAUUAUUCUAUAUCUGUUUGAAUUCAUAUUGAAAUUUAUUGAUUCAUUAGAUUUAUUGAUGGAAAUUUAACAGUAUUAUGAAUAUCGAUUUUUUAAAAUCAUUUUGACUUAUAUAAAAAAUUUUUUUUUUACUUUUUUGAUAUGUAUGGCUUUCUCUUUUUUUUUGGUAAUUUUUUUUUCGUUUUAAUUUUAAUAGUGUUUGUUAUUCUGUGACAUGACAUUGACAUAAAGUAAUAUAUGUAACAGUAAUAUUCAUAAUCUGUUAGACGUACAUCAUAAUUGUUUUUAAUCUUUAUUCUACGUGUGGUACUUAAAACAACUUUGAACCGAACUGUUAACAUUCGAUGUAUUUUUUCUAAAUUAUAUGUCACUAAUAAAUAUGUUCGUAUGUGUAGUA